UUCUAAAGCUAGCUGUGUGGAGGACAUAGAGAGCUGUUGGGAUAUGGCCUAGAUGAGCAAUGUCCUUGCAGAAGCCACCAUCUUAGGCUAGAAUGCUUAUUGGUCAUCUCGAGGCUAAGGAGUCAGUGGAGGCAAACCAUGUUGGAGGACCCGAGUCAGGGAGCAGGGGCCAACCAUGAGCAGGAUGUGGAGGCUACAGCCCUGGUCCUUGGAGAGGACAGCAGCAAGCCUGAGGAGAUCGUGGGACUGCAGAAGCAGAUCUGUGAACUUGCCUCAGAGCUCACGAGACAGGCAUCUUGGUGGUGCGCAGCUCACAAAGACCUCCAAAACCAGAUCAACGUUCUGAUGAAGGAGAACCAGGAGCUCCGGAAGGAACUGAAGGCUUUGAAGCGGCGGGGUGUGGAGGCCACAAUAGCCUCACCACCCCUGGCAAGAGCAACCAACACUAUGCCAGUGUACAUAAAGAUAGAGGGGAUUGAUUCAGAGAAAACAACGUCGGAAGACGCUCCUUCCGGAAGUCCUCAAAACGGAAGUACAAUGGCCAUUGGAAGAACAGAUUCCUUAGACGAAGGACUGUCUUACAUGUCUCUUGACGAAAAGGUCAUGCACCUGUCUUCCAAGUUUAUGCAAAGACACUUUGGCAGGGCGUCACCAGAGCCUCUGUCGGACACCACGUUCCUGGACACAGAGUCAGCACCUGAUAUGUGGUCCUCCAAUCCAGAGAGUUCUGAAGGUGAGCUGCUCAUUCAUGCUCAAGAAAGCAGGCACCUCCCUAGUUUUCUCCAGAAUGCACGGUGGAUGCAGGAACUUCUGGCAGGGUCGGGACCUCCCAGAGAAGAACCGCCGCACCCCAUGGACACGGAGAAGGACAAUGAGACGCAGGAAAAGCGACACCCGAACGGCAAGGUGGAGCAGGUACUCAGUGACGGGCGAACUAUCAUCACCUUCCCCAACGGAACCAGGAAGGAGAUCAGUGCGGACAAGAAGACGACCCUCAUCAAGUUCUUUAAUGGUGACAUGAAGAAGGUCAAGCCUGAUAAGAGAGUGAUUUAUUAUUAUGCAGAUGCUCAGACUACACACACAACCUACCCGGAUGGUGUUGAAGUCGUGCAGUUUCCCAACAAGUGGACUGAAAAAUUCUACCCAGAUGGCUCCAAGGAAACCGUGUUUCCUGAUGGGACCGUGAAGCAGCUUAGGGAUGGAUGUGAGCAGACUGUGUUUCCUGAUGGGACAUACGUGACGGUGAAAAGGAACGGAGACAAAACCAUCAUGUUCAGCAACGGGCAGAAAGAAAUCCACACAGCCAGGUUCAAGCGGAGGGAAUUCCCAGACGGCAGCACCAAGACUGUGUACUGUAAUGGCUGCCAGGAGACCAAGUAUGCCUCGGGGAGGGUCAGGGUCAAAGACGAGAUGGGAACUGUCAUCCUGGACUGGAAAUAGAGCAUCCUCCAGACUCAGUGUCGGGCACUAGGCUCCAGUGACAGUUUUGAGCAGAACAGACAACACAACUCACAAUGGUAGAUUCCCCCCCGACAGUCCUAGAGAUCGCCCACCCAUCAGGAGAAGAGAGGCAUCUAAAAAUUUUAAAGAAAAAGACCUCUAGCCAUCAUCUGGGCAAAGAGGUCAGAGAAGAAGUAGCCAGGAGCGAGGCUUCCAGACUGUGUCUCCUGACAGCCUGGGCCUGGAGCAGAAGAUAAAAGGGAAGCAGUCUGCGUACUGCCUUCUAAUUCCUAAGAGCAUCCAUUAACCACAGCCAGCCAACGCCUACCUGCUGCCUACUUCUAGCCCUCUUCAGACUCCUCAUAAGUGGGAUCCAGGGGGAUGUAUUUUCACUGGUGCUUGGUGUAUUAACAGACAUGAUUUAACCACCUUAAAGUGUCUAGACAGAGCCUCAUGUAGCAUUCUAUCCCAUAAAUUUGAACAAUUAUGAUCUGUCAGUCAACAAGGACAUGAGUAAAAACACAGAAACGUA